AUCAGUUUUGAAGAUGACUACGUCCUCUCCUGUGGGACCAGAAGGUACCACCCUGGCUCAGCCCAUCCCAGUCCCAACGCUGACUGUCAUGCCACCGUCCUCGGACACAGAGUCCUGGUCGUGCUCACCAAGCCCCAGAGUGUCACGCUUUGGUCGCCACAGUCGAACCCACCGCAGCAGGACCAGAACUAAGAAACGAAACGACGAAGAGCAUGGCUGCAGUCCGAAGCGGGGCAAAACGCCGAAAAUUCUGAUAGAGGACACUUUGGAGAAGGGCACCAAUCGCCACCGAAGCCCCUCGCCCUCGCCCUCUGUGGCCCCUCACAUGGAAGGGGUGGAUCAAGGUCAGCAAAGCACGUCACAGGACCUUCUCCUGCCACCGUCUUGCUCAUGGUCUCGUAGUCCCUCUCCCAGCCGCCGCUCUCGUUGGUCUCUCAGGAGCCUGCUAAGCAGAGAGUCUGACUGGGACAGCUGCAGUACGGCCAGUAACUCUCCACGCAGCACCCCCGGCAGCUCCCCCUCCCUGCGGCGCAGGGUCCUCGGGGGUGGCAGGGCCAGUGAGAGCGAGGGAGGAGGCGAGAAGAGCACAGGUGGAGGAGGUGGAGGUUCGGACAGUCCCCUGCCCUCCAUUCCCUCGGCCUCCUCCCUCACGUCUGCCUACCCGCUUGCUUCUCGCCACUUCAGCCGCAAUGCCAAGAAAAUGCAGAGCUGGUAUAAUGUUCUCAGUCCUACAUACAAACAGCGGAACGAGGAUUUUCGCAAACUCUUUAAGAAACUCCCGGACUCAGAGCGACUUAUAGUGGACUACUCCUGUGCUCUGCAGAAGGACAUUCUGCUUCAGGGCCGCCUUUACCUGUCAGAGAACUGGCUCUGUUUCUACAGUAACAUCUUCCGCUGGGAAACCACUAUCACUAUCCUGCUGAAAGAUGUGACCUCAAUGACCAAGGAGAAGACCGCGAAGCUCAUCCCAAACGCCAUCCAGAUCAGCACUGACAAUGAGAAGCAUUUCUUCACCUCUUUUGGAGCAAGGGAUCGCAGCUUCAUGAUGAUUUUCCGUCUGUGGCAGAACGCACUGUUGGACAAGUCCCUAUCCCCCAAAGAGCUCUGGCACAUCGUACACCAGUGUUACGGCACCGAGCUGGGCCUCACGAGUGAAGACGACGACUACGUCUCCCCCACCGCCGAACACAUGAACGGCCUACUGCCAGGAGACGAGUCUGUGUCGGUCACAGAUCUUCUGGACCUGAGCUCGGUGUCGGUUACCUCCACGGGCAGCUCCCCCCCUGCCCUGAUGCCCUGCGGUCUUGCCAGCUCUUCCUCUGCGACAAACCUCGGGAGCUCCCCUCUCUCUUCCUCCGCCUCCUGUCUGCACGUAGACGUGGCGUCCGCAUCUGCACGCAGACUCAGCUCCGACCUCAGCGAACCCAGCCUAACCAGCUCCCACAGCACGUUGCCAUCCACCACUCCCACCAACGCCUCUGCCUCGGCCCCGGUCUCUGCUGCUGCCUCCUUUAAUCUAGAAGAGGGUGCGGACAGUCUGUCUGAGUUGACCAAUCACAUUCUGCCCCAACCAUCCACCAGUCUGGGAAACCUCUCGUCACUGGACAUCACCAACGAUGAGGAACUGCCCUCUGACCACAGCAACUCCUCUGACACGCAUGAAGAGAGUGAGGUGGAGUCAUUCUGUGCUGACCUGAGCGGACGGCUGCACAUCAACACUGUGGUCCGCAUGAGUGUGGACAAGCUGCACGACCUGCUCUUCUCCGCUGACACACACUUCAUCCAGCACCUCUUCUCUCAGCGACACUUCACUGACCUGGUGCUGGGUGACUGGCAGCAGGACAGCAGCAGUGGGACCACCAGCCGUGUGCUGAGCUACACCGUCGCCCUCAACAACCCCCUCGGCCCCAAAACCGCCCCUGUGGUGGAAACGCAGACAUUGCAUAAGAACAGCGUCCGAGGCGAGUGCUAUGUGGUGGAUUCGGAGGUCAUCACCUCGGGCAUCCCCUACCAGGACUACUUCUACACUGUCCACAGAUUCUGCCUCACCUCCGUCAGCAAGCACAAGAGCCGGUUCAGAGUUUCCACAGACAUCUGCUACCGGAAGCAGCCGUGGAGCCUGGUGAAAGCCCUGAUUGAAAAGAACACCUGGAGCGGCACUGAGGAGUACUACAGACACAUGGAAAGUGAGGUGUGCAAGCUGGAGACGCUUCUGCAGUCUGAGGUUUCCGUGGUGACCGCAAGCGACGCAGCGGGUGGCGAUGUCAUCAAGACCCCGCCGGGCCUGCGCCGGCGUAAGCGCACCUGCUUGCGGCGGCCGGGCGAGAGGGAGCGAGAGAGGGACGGGGGAGGAUCGGGCACCGGAGAACGAGGGGACAGAGGAAUGGGAGAGGAGAGGGAGAGGAGAGAAGCCGGUUCUCAGUAUAUGAAGCUGGGUGAAUGUUCGCGUGGUGGAGGUCAGAGCAGUAUAUCCACCAUCCUGCUCAUCGUCAGCUUCAUUCUGGUGGUGCUGGUGGCUCUCAACAUGCUGCUGUUCUACAAGCUGUACGCUCUGGAAAGAGCGGCUCAUACACUGGAGACGUGGCACUCCUACUCUGUUGCUGACAGUCCGCUGCCGCAGACGGCUGGAGAGUGGGCCCAGGUCCUGCAGGUCCAGAGGCAGUUCCACCAGGCCCAGCUCAGCAAGUGGCAGCAGAUCCUGCAGUCGUCCGUCACCCUUCUCGACCAGAUGAAACAGUCUUUAGAAAAACUCCACCGGGGUAUCGUGGUCCCCGAGGAGCAUCAGGAGCCCCCGACCGACACGCUCACCGAGUCCCUGACUGAGGCCUGAGCCCUACCUCUUCUCCGACGGCCCCUCCCCUGGCGGACCCUCUCCCCCUCUUUCCCACAUUUCCAAAUCGCAAAAAACCAGGUGUGGGACAAGCGGGGGAGGAACUACCUUACCAACAAUUCUCUUCGCCUGACUGACUUGAAACGGCAGCGUUUGCCCCCACAGCCUCAACCAGUAACAGCUUCAGUGGACUCAGUCGAAGGAGGGAAGGUUUUCAGGACCACAGCAAUAAGUCAUCUGUCCGACACGUGUGGAAGCAGGCCACUGGCUGGGCUGACUCCGACCGUCCACCCGCUCCUCCAGGAUCACAGACCCCGUCGUUUCAGAAUGACUUGAACUCAGACCUCGUCCCCGAUUCCACGACUAUCACAGACUCCAGUUUCUCUCUUCUGACCUGCAACAGUUCAUCGAUUCCGGUGGGGGAAGCAUCAGCGACGCUGCGAAGUGGGAGCUCUGCCUCCUAGUCCUGGGAUCAGUCUGAUGCCUUUUCCUCUGGUGCAUGGCUGCUGACAACGACAAAAAGAGGAGGGGAACACCACCUGCUGUGUGGACACGAGGAGCAAACGGGAGGAGGAGGAGGAGAGAGGGAGCGCUGACAGGAGCAGGACGCCCCCCCCUCCCGACGUCAGGGCUGCACCUCCCAGGUCAGAGGUCAGAGGUCGUCUGCGAACGGGGACGAGGACCAUAUCGACACUUUAGUUUUCACCCAGAUUUUUUUAGAUGUAGAUCGCACAUCUGGGGUUGAAUCCCAAACACACUCCCCCUCUUCCUGCUCCUGUCGGGGUUUUAUCGUUUUUGAAAAUCAACGUGUUGGCUCAUUUGUGAGGCCCGUUACAGUAUUUAUUAUUAUUCUUAUUAUUACCAAUGACUUUUGAUCUGAAGUCCUGUCCUGCUCUAAGAAGUCACAUGGUGGGUGUCUUGUGCUCUGAUUUGCUGUUACAGUGCGGACCAAGAGGAACUGAACACGAUUACUGGUCACAGCAAUAAUGACAAUAGUGAUUCUAGUACUUUUUGAAUGUUUCAAAACAAAGUAGUAUAUAAUUAUUAUGAUGAUGAUGAUGAUGAUAAUGAUGAUGAUGAUGAUGAAGUGUGCGUGAAUGUGUGUAGAGGCAGUGAACAUCCACGAAAAGAAGAUUUUGAGGUCACAGAUGUGUGUGAGUGCGAGUCCUCAAUGUUACAUCCUCCGAUGUUCAGUUCCCGUAUUAGGUUUUCUUCAUGUGUGUAUAUAUAUAUAUAUAUAUAUAUAUAUAUAUAUAUAUAUAUAAUUUAGUUUUCUUCUUCUUGUUUUUUUUGAGAUUCCUCUUUCAGGGUUUGGUCGUGAGCCAGACCUCAACAGUUGAGUAUUUACUGUAGACUUGAUCAGGUAGAAACUUCAAAUCAUCAGACCAGUCAGUUACGUGUUUGUCCAACUGGGUCGCACAUUUCAAAAGGAGAGAACCAACAUGGACUCGCAUCGGCCCAGGUGAAGAAAAAAGGGAAUCUGAUUUGCAGUAUUGUUUCUUUUUUAUGUGCGCGUGUGUUUGUCUGUUAGAUUCAUUUCCCUCGUCCUCUCUUUUUAUUCAACCCCUCUUUGUAUUCUACCUUUCAUCCUGUCGCCUUUAGUUGUUUUUCUUUUUCCCACCCGUCUUCUCCCUCCUCACUCGUCUGUGCUCCCUCGUUUUUCUCCACCUCAUCACUUCAACCCCUCUCUUCCUCUCCCUUUCCUCUGAGUGCUCACUCUACAACCCCCCCCCACCACCACCACCCCUCCUUCACGCACUCAUUCGCUCUCUCCCUCUUUCUCUGUGUCACUGGAAAAAAGUGGCUACGGAAGCAUGUGGGCCCUGCUGUGCACGGCCAUCCGCGGAUAACAAAAGGAUGUACUAUUUAU